ACCGCUCGGCAAUCCGUCAUGAUAAGCCGAUCUGGGAGCGAUCGAUGUCUCGUGCUCGCCCUGGCCUGUUAGAAGACCACCGGUGAGGUGUUUGCAGUACCCGAACAAGUCGUCGCACGCCCAGGGGGAACAACCCCGCCAAAAGGCGAGAAAGACACUGAUCAUGGCAGAGGUCACUGAAGGCCAUGAAAAGCCUCUGGAGGAAGCCAGUGUCCUCUGGGAAACCCUCAGAGCACUCCUGCCCCUCACGGAGGAAGACAUGAAGCUGGACCUCGGUGAGAAGGUGGAUGGGAGCACAGCCACGCUACUGCAGCAGACGGUGGGGCUCUUCUACAGGGGCCGCUGGCAGGCGUGUCUGCAGGCCAGCGAGGCCGUCCUGGACUAUGCCUGGGAGAAGCUCAACACUGGGCCCUGGCGGGACGUGGACAAGGACUGGCGUCGUGUCUAUGCUUUUGGCUGCCUCCUGAAAGCCCUGUGUCUGUGCCAACAGUCACAUGAGGAUACCUCUGUGAUCACAGCCCUGCGGGUGUGUGACAUGGGCCUGCUGAUGGGAGCAUCCAUCCUCAGGGACAUCCUCCUCAGAGUCGCAGCCACCCUCCAGGCUCACCUGCUUUCCAGAAAGCGGCCUUCCAGUGACCCUCACCAGGACCAACCUAGGACAAAGAAAGUGAGGGCCAACCCUGAUUCAGCUCCUGAUAUGGCCUCUGAGAGGGCAGUGCCCCGUCUUCACUGCCCAUCCCUACAAUACUUCCAGAAACAUUUCCUGGUUCCUGGGAGGCCUGUGAUCUUGGAGGGUGUGGCUGACCACUGGCCGUGCAUGAAGAAGUGGAGUCUGGAGUACAUCCAGGAGAUUGCUGGCUGCCGCACUGUCCCUGUGGAAGUGGGUUCCAGGUAUACAGAUGAGGACUGGUCCCAGAAACUCAUGACCAUCAAUGAGUUCAUCAGCAAGUAUGUCGUGUGUGAGGCGCCGGACGUCGGGUACCUUGCCCAGCACCAGCUCUUCGACCAGAUCCCAGAGCUGAAGCAAGACAUCAGCAUACCCGAUUACUGCUGCCUGGGCCACGGGGAUGAAGAAGAGAUCACUAUCAAUGCCUGGUUUGGUCCCCAAGGAACCAUCUCCCCACUUCAUCAGGACCCCCAGCAAAACUUCCUGGUCCAGGUGAUGGGGAGGAAAUACAUCCGGCUAUAUUCCCCGCAGGAGUCAGAAGCUCUGUACCCUCAUGACACACAUCUCCUUCACAACACAAGCCAGGUUGACGUGGAGAACCCUGACCUGGAGAAGUUCCCCAAGUUUGCUGAGGCUCCGUUCCUGUCCUGUAUUCUGUCCCCAGGAGAGACCCUUUUUAUACCUGUCAAGUACUGGCAUUAUGUGCGAGCUCUGGACCUGAGCUUCUCAGUCAGCUUCUGGUGGUCAUAGGCAAGAGUGGCAAGGAUCCCAAGAUCCACAGCACCCACUGGCCCACUCACAGGUGGGGCCCAGGAGAUUAAACCAUCAUGGUGCUGGGGCAAAAUGGACAGAGCCCAGGAUACACCAGACAGGCAGCCCACAGUGUCUCUGACAUGCAAAGGCCUGACAUGAUUGAGCACAGACCAGCAGCCAGCCCAGUGGAAAAGCUUGGGCUCUGGGCUUGCUGCUAGACUCCAGCUGGCUCUGUUGUUAAACUGCUGUGUGGUUUGGGCCCAAGUUCCUCCCACCCCUGUGCCUCUGUGGCACCUGGAACCAGGCAAGCUUUGUCUCCCCAAGAGCCUAAGAGGCACAUGUGCACAACCACUGCUGUAUUUUCAAUCAGAGAAUUUUAUUUUAAAAAAUCAUUUGUUUA